AUGGGCAAGAAGAAGCGCGGGAGUGACGUGGAGACGGCGCCGGAGCUCAGCUUCGUGGGGGGUGGUGUCCUCAACAUGAUCAUCCUCAAGGGGGCGGAUGGCAUCCAACAUAUCACAGCGGACACCGCCGCCUUCCUCGAGGAUAAGCGAGUGAUACGUAGCACCAACAUGGAUCAGGUGACCUUCUCCCCAAAUAUCAUCUUCAAGGUCACUCUUGACUUUGCAGAGGCAAUGCCGUGCGUUCCCGAGAUUGCGGUGCGCGAGACAACAGACUGGAUGCUGCUAAGCUGCGCGGGAACGCACGCAUACUACUCGACGGUAGACCAGCGCCUCGUUCUGCAGCAGUGCAAGGCAUCCCUGCAGAGCAACAUACCGGAGUUAGAGUAUCCCAUCUCCCUUGUGCUUCGGUUUGACGAUGAUCAGUGGUUAGUCGAGUGCGUCAGGCGCUAA